AAAAGAGGAAAGAAAACAAAAGCUUUGCUGCUUUCACGGUCGGUCUCCAAUCUAUCUGUCUCUUUCUUGGUUGGGUGGUUCCAACAUUCGAACAGGGAAGCCACGUUGUUUCCCUUUCCUUCCCUUCCUUCUCUGCUGGAAACCCUAACCUGGCCUGGUUUUCUUUUCACCUUAAUUCACUUUCCUUCAAUCGAAAACCAGGUCGUUUACAAUCCGAGCAAGCACUUGCAUAGACAUUUUCCUUCCUUAAUUUCAUAAACAACAUUGAUCUUCCAAUUUCGGUAGCUGCCUUCGACAAUGAACGACCUCCUAUCGGAUUCUUUUGAGAUCCCACGGGGUCAGGCAUCUAGGGAUGGAGAUAUUGAACUAGGGACGCAAGCUCCCAUGAAUGGAGAUCAAGGACUGGAGAGUUUCUUCAAAAAGGUUCAGGAGAUUGAGAAACAAAAUGACAAACUGGAUAAGCUACUCAAAAAAUUACAGGAUGCACACGAGGAGUCCAAGGCCGUUACCAAGGCUCCUGCCAUGAAAGCAAUCAAGCAACGAAUGGAGAAGGAUGUUGAUGAAGUUGGAAAGAUUGCUCGAUCAGUGAAGUCAAAAAUCGAAGAACUUGACCGAGAGAAUUUAGCAAAUAGACAGAAGCCAGGUUGUGGAAAGGGCACAGGUGUAGAUCGGUCAAGAACGUCGACAACUCUGUCCCUGAAAAAGAAACUGAAGGACAAGAUGGCUGAGUUUCAGACUUUAAGGGAAAACAUCCAUCAAGAAUAUCGAGAAGUUGUUGAGAGACGUGUUUUUACAGUAACGGGCACAAGAGCUGACGAACAGACGAUUGAACGAUUAAUUGAGACAGGAGAUAGCGAACAAAUAUUCCAGAAGGCAAUCCAGGAACAGGGUCGAGGCCAGAUAAUGGAUACCCUUGCAGAAAUUCAAGAGCGCCAUGAUGCUGUGAGAGAUGUCGAGAAAAAACUUCUCGAUCUACAACAGAUAUUCCUUGAUAUGGCGGUGUUGGUGGAGGCACAAGGGGAUUUGCUCGACAACAUAGAAUCACAGGUUUCGAGCGCCGUGGAUCACGUGCAUCAAGGAAAUACCGCUCUUCAAAGGGCCAAGUCGCUACAGAAGAAUUCAAGAAAAUGGAUGUGCAUUGCAAUCUUAAUCCUUCUUAUCAUUGUUGUGAUCAUCGUUGUGGCAGUCCUCAAACCAUGGAGCAAAAAUAAUGGUGCAUAAAUCCUCAUGAUUAUUCGUAAGAUAUUAACGUAACAAAGCUGCAUUGAGUGUGCUCUUUUGCUGGGCUGCUGCUACCUGUUCGUGUGAGUUGUGCUCCUUUUCCAAAUCGGCUUCCAGUUACUUUGUGGUGAUGAGUGAAAAUGUAAGAUUUUUUUUUUUUUUAAAUCUUUAAAUAAACUUGUAUGACUAUAUAUUCUUUAGGAAGCAAAAUAUCAUCAUGUGAGUUGAGAUGAUUUUUUUUUCUUUCUUUUCUUUACAUGUUAUCUUUUGUGAAAAAUCAUUUAAUGUCAAAUAUAUUGUUGGCUAUUCUCGACCA